AUGGCCGUCCUUAUCCCAUUUUUAAAGAAACUCGUCGCCAUUCGUUUACUCAUCCCUACUGGUCCCGCUGCUCAAACAUCCGCACCGCCCAAGCCGCAAGGGAGGGAUAGCGGCACCAACGGCGCUUCACGGACCACUGCUGGACUGGCUCCUGGAAUUCUAGAUACCCAAUCAUUAUCAGAGAUUGUGGAGCUCGAUGAUCGCAUUUUCAAUGAGGCCAUGGGAGCGCGGCUUGCCGAUAAGGAGCUUUACAGCAAGCUCAAAGUCUUAGGGCUGGGAUGGAAAGCUUGGGAAUUGGGCGAAUUCUACACGAUUCCUGUGACGGAAGGAACAAAAGUAUUUGAUUUAGGCUUGUCGGCUUUAAACGGUACCGAUGCCGGGAACGCCAUCCUACCUAGUUUGAUUGCAACCCCAGGAGCCGCCCCCAUCGAGGCAGAGAGCACUAGCAGCCAAGUUCAAGAUCCACAAAGACCAAAUGCCCAAAUGAGACGCACCUGGAAUGCGCAGCAAAGUGUCGGGACCCCAUCCGCAAUCAGUCCGAGCAGUACAAGUACCGUUCUGGGAAAACGAAAACAGCCGCCAUGUUCCCGACCCGAGUCAUCGAGAGGCCCGGCUGAAUUCUCCACAUAUGCUACCCCAGACUGCAGCCAAACGAGAAACUCCACGUCUCACAUUCAGAGCCAACAAACGGACGCUGCUGGACUGUUGGAAGAGUUGGGAUCGAAGCUGUCUGAAGAUACCAGGGCCAAGAUAGUCCAAUGCAUUCAUGAGCCAGCGGUGUAUUCAAUCGGAGGAGAGAAAGUGCUUUGGAGGCGAAAAGUGCGCCGGGUGGGUUGGGAGGUUUUGAAGCACUGGGAGAUAUGGGGGCUGGAUGUUCAAGAGAUCUAA